AUGGCCACCACAAACUCUCUCCACCACCACCACUCCUCCUCCUCUUACCACCGUCUCAAUCUCCUUCCCCAAUCUCACGUCCUACCAUCCUCCCUCUCCCUCAAACACCCCACCGCCACAUUCUCACCACUCACCUCCUCCUCCUCCACCAUCAUCUCCGCUUCUCUCACCACACAAACCACCACAGACUUCGACCUCCUAUCCACCCAUCUCACAAACCAAGACUUCCGCAAAGCAGACGAGGAAACACGCCGCCUACUCAUCCAAAUCUCCGGAGACCCCGCCACAAAACGCGGAUACGUCUUCUUCUCCGAGGUCAAAUCAAUCUCCGUCCAAGACCUCCAAACCAUCGACGACCUCUGGACAAAACACAGCGACGGGAGGUUCGGCUACAGCGUGCAACGCAAGAUAUGGCUGAAAGUCAAGAAAGACUUCACGAGAUUCUUCAUCAAAGUCGAGUGGAUGAAGCUUCUCGACACGGAGGUUGUUCAGUAUAACUACAGAGCUUUCCCUGAUGAGUUUAAGUGGGAGCUUGACGACGAAACGCCGGUAGGACACUUACCGUUGACAAACGCGUUGAGGGGAACGCAGCUUUUGAAAUGCGUUUUGAGCCAUCCUGCGUUUGAGAUUGAUGGUGAUGAUGUUGAUGAGGAAGGGGGAGAAGCUGAGAAUAGAGGUGUGGGUAAAGCGAAGAUGAAAGACACGACAGUGUUUAAAACUGAUUACAGUUUCUAACAAUGUCUUUUAUUUCUGUUUGGUGACCAUUUCAAUGGGAUUAUGAAUGUGUAUGAUGAACACGGUGAAAUUAUUAGUUAAUGAAUAUAAAACCUUAUGUCUGUAAUGGUUUAUGAAAUUUAUAAAGUUCUGAUGAUAUUCUUAAGACCGUGGAACAAGUUCAAGCUCUAGCUGUCCAUUAAAGGUUUGUGUCAUCUUUGCUAAUUUGAAGAAUGAAUACAAAAGUUGUGGGUUUUGGCUCUGUUCAAGAAAGCUGCAUCUCAUUGUGUGAAAAUGAUUUGAAGGAUACGUUGCUGCUUCUGUAGCCUUGUAGUUAAUUCUCAAUGUAGGCCAUACAAGUUACUUGAUGUGGUCCUGUGGACAUAUGCUUUCUGUCAUUGCCUGGUUUUAAAUGAAUAAACGUUUACUUAGGGGUGGC